UGGUUGUCUUUAUAUUAAUGUAUUUGACGAUUUUCUAAUGCAGGCGUGAAGCCACAAAAGCUACAAAUAUGUGACAGUUUAAAAUGAUUUUUUUCUUUCUUGGUUAAGUUAGCAUUUAAGGUUAGCUAAACAGCAUUAUCGACCCUGUCCAAAGCUAUAGUUCUCCUGAGUAUGCAGCAAAGAAAAACGCGAAGGUUUUCAUCGAGCAGCAGCUCUUCUGCCUGCACCAUGUCCGAGAGAGCCACCAAAGACAAACUCAAGCGAAGUCUGUCUUUGUCCAAGACUAAGAAGAAAGCCGAUGCCAAAACUGGGAUUUCUGCCAGUGCAGCCACCACAACUCCAAUCACGUCGUUCUUCAGCAGCCAGCCUCCACCCAAGCUGGCCUGCCCCCUGUGUGGCCAGUUGGUACCAAGAUUCAAGAUCAAUGAUCACAUUGAUUUGCAAUGUCAGAACUUUGAGAGAGGAGACAGCAGUGCCGCAACAGCAAGUAAUAGUGUUGUGGCAAGCAUCCAGCUGUCACCCAGAAGGAAUCCCGAGAAGUCCCCAGAGCCGGGUCCAAACAGAGAACAAGAGGUCAAAGAGACCAAUACCAGCCCUUAUUUCAAAAAGACUAACUUUCAGCAGGCACCACGGGAGAUAAACCGUAAAAGCGUGGUCAGGACGAUUGACCUGGGAAGCCUCUCCUCCAAGUUAUCGAGGAUAUCUUAUAAGGGACCUGAGAGGACACAGCCAGAUAAUAAACAUGCACCAACGUAUCCUGAAAAGGAGAUCUAUUCUUCUGAGACUCUCUGCAGCAGCUCACAGAAGGAAAAUCUUCUGAUUGAUACUUUAGGAGAUAAAAACGACUGUGUGACAACAACCAGUGCAGACCCUCCACUAGCUGUGGAAAAUCUGUCAUGUCCAGAUAAAAGACACUAUCUUGAACACAAAGCAUCUAAAUCAGAGACUGUGCAAAAACUGCUUACUCCAAAGCUGCAUGCUUCUUCCUCCAAACUAGCAAAGAGAAAAAAGGAAACAACUUCCACCGGUAGGGGGUCUUAUUUGAGAAAGAAAGCAAAAUAUGAGGGGAGCAGCAGAGAGACAGAGGAGGUGUUUUCUAAUGAAAGUAUAGCAGAGGCAACUGAUACGGCCCAGCUUAAAGCUGAGGUACCUUCUACUACUACUUGUGACCCCCCCCUGAGUUCACAGGAAACAUAUGAGAAAAGUGAUGCAGCGGUCAAUAAUGAUUCACUGCCAGAUUCUGGUCCCGAGAACGGCACUAGUGACCAUGCUGCUGAGAGCUCACCCCCCCCACGGCUUCCCUACUACCUCCGUAACUUCCGGACCGUACUACAAGCUGUGCUGGAGAAUGAGGACGACAGGGCAUUGUUCGACCAGCAUGAUAUGUCAUUCGUACAUGCAUUUGAGAAGCUCUCAGUCAUGGGGCAGAAGCUCUAUGUGAGACUCUUUCAGAGGAAACUGAAGUGGCUCCAAGUAAAUAAACUGGAUUAUGAAGAGAUAUGCAGUGAUCUGGGACCUGUUGCUGAGGAGCUGGUUCGAGGUGGUUUUCUACAGACCGAAAAUGACCUCCAGGAGUUAAGCGAGGCUCUGGAUCUCCUGCCUGCUCCUGAACUCAAAGCUCUGGCUAAGACGUUCCAUCUGGGCAAUUCUGGGACUCAGAAACAUCAGCUAGUGGAUGGACUUCUCCGUCUGAGCAGGCAGAAAUCCCUCUUCUCUCUGACCUCUGCACAAAACAACAUUGGGGCUGUCAUUCUCAAAAGGGCAAAGCAGCUUGCAGGUUUCUGUGUGCGUCUUUGUCUUGGUCCUCGGGCUGUCUUCUCUCGCAUCCUUCUACUCUUCUCUCUGACGGACACCAUGGAUGAGGAGGAGACGGCGGCUGGUGGGCAGAACCAGCUCUUCACCAUCCUGCUGGUCAACUCAGGACGCCUGGCCUUCCCAGACUACACAGUGCAGCGCGCAUCCAAGGUGUUCAGGGACAGAGAGGAUCUUAUCAGAUAUGAAGCCUCCAUGCGAGCCCUGCAAGAGGUAGUCUCAGCUAUGCAGGGAGGUCAGUGGGAAGAGGCCAUGGAGCUUUAUAGUGCUGCCAAAAGUGCCUGGCAGGAACUGAGGAAAAAACAUGACCUCAGUCACCAGCAGGAGCUACCUGUGUUCCUGCGCAGCUUCACCACGGGAUGGGCUUACACUCGCAUCUUGUCCAGAGGAGUGGAGAUCUUGCAGAGGCUACGUCGCUAUGAGGAAGCAGUAGAGGAGCUGCGGUCCUUACUGUUACAGUCUGUUUACUGUCCUGACAGCCGUGGGCGAUGGUGGGACAGACUGGCACUAAACCUUCACCAGCAUCUGAAGAAACCCGAGCAAGCUAUUUGCACUAUCAGAGAUGGGCUGUCAGACCCUCUGGUGCGGACUGGGCAUAAGCUCUCUCUUCAUCAGAGAGCGGUUAGGAUGAAAGAGUCUGCCAGCUUCAAGAAGUAUCGCCUGCAACUAAAAGACCUGCCCACUAUUGAAGUCCAAGAUGUCAAACAUGUGACCAUCCGAGGACAGCUUUUCCCUCAUGAGGGGGGCACAGGGAAAUCUAUGUUUCUUUUACCAGCAAAUAGAGAGGGGGAAGAGAGUGCUAAUGCCACUGUAAUAUGCUCUGUGGAAGAGCUGUCUUUAGCACAUUACCGCCAACAAGGCUUUGACCAAGGGAUCCAUGGAGAGGGCUCAACAUUCUCAACAUUGUUUGCACUACUGCUCUGGGACAUCAUUUUUAUGGAGGGUAUUCCAGAUGUUUUCAGAAAUCCGUACCAGACAUGUCCACUGGAUCUUUACACCGACUGUUUCUAUGAGAACAGAAAAGAGGCGAUCGACUCUCGUGUGCAGUUACUCAGCGAGGCAUCAGUGGCGACUCUGCAUGACAUGUUGGUAGAUGUGUGGACCUCCCAUGAGGGUAAAGUGUGUUCAUUGGUCAACUGGGAGCGUUUCUCAUCCCUUCAACAGGCACAGUCUCUCGUGUCCUGCAUGGGUGGAGCCUUCUUAGGAGGGGUAAUAGCACGAAUGUCUAAAGACUAUAGACACUGCCGUGGGGGUUUGCCUGAUUUGGUGGUGUGGAACACCUCAAACAACAGCUACAAGUUGGUGGAGGUGAAGGGGCCCAGUGACCGACUGUCCCAGAAGCAACAGAUCUGGCUGGAUGAGCUGCAGAAACUUGGGGCUGAUGUGGAGGUGUGUCACGUGGUGGCUACUGGAGCCAGAGGAGCUCGUCUGGAAUAAACGGACACAGACGUGCUGACUGAUAAGACUAAGCUGCUAAUUAAUCAGAGUGUGGUCAAAAGGAAACAAUGAUCUGGGUGCUUCUUUUUUUUUUCAAAUUCUGGUCCUCUAGGACAGGUGUGGAUGUUUAUGUUUAUCUUUCAUACAUCACAAACUUAAUCCUAUCUGAGUGUAGGGAAUUUCGUGGCGAGGAGUGUGCCUUGUGACGUGGCGUUAUCAUCGGGGAAACCUCUGCCUUCAACAGGAAGAGGUGCAUCAUGAGAUGAAGGUUAUCACUGAGGGCUGCCACAACUACAAGUAGCGUGCAGAUAAUCAGAGCUGAUGCAUGAAAGGAAACACCAACCAGGCACCAAAUUGAUGGUGUUUCCUUUUCUUUGGCAACACUAUAUUUUCAGGAUCUUGGGUUGCCAAGCAAUGAAAACAUUUAGUUGGCUGCUGAUGAAUUGUAUGAUGGCUCUACGAGUUUGUCACUACUCUACCAGAAAAAAACAUAUAAAAUAGGGGCUGCAAAUAAAUUUCCAUUAUUAGUGUUUGUUUUAUCCAUUUAUUGAUGAAUUGUUUGGUCUAUAAAAUGUCACAGGAAAUACUGAAAAUGCCAUCAUCAUCACAUUGCUUGUUUUGCCCGAGUCAAAAACAGUCCAAAACUCUAAUUAUUCAGCUUAGUACAACCAUCACAUAUGAGAAAGAAAGGCAGCAAAUUCUCACAAUUGAUGAAGCUGGAACUUGGAAAUGUGUUAAAAAUUACUCAAGGAUUCAAGGUAAUUUGUCAUUUUACAACAGGGUUGCAAAAAGAAAUUCUGUUUGCUGAAACCUAAACGAGUAAUUAGAUUUAUUGUAAUGGUUAUCAAACAAGUUGCCAAUUCAUUUUCUGUUGAUUCUUUUCUAUAUAUUUUAUAUAUAAUAUGUAAUGGUUUCAAAGACAUUUUCAUUGAACUGUCUUGGUGUGUUUAAAAAAAAAAAAAAAAAAAAAAGUAAGAACUUUUAUGGUGUGGACACUUACAUUUUUAUUUAUAUAUAUAUAUAUAUAUAUAUAUAAUUUUCCUGUUUUCGAGUGAGCCUGUAAUGGUGGAAAACAUGUAGACAUUGCAUACAUGACACUACACCAGGCAGUUAGUGCUGUGCCUGUAUUGUAAUGUAUGCAGGCCUGUAUGAUGCAUUUGGGGGAAGGGAUGCCAAGCUUCUCUGCGUCUUACGUCAUGACGCCGGAGAGAGGGGGCGAUAAGAGUAAGGUGCAAUAAACACAGGGCGUCUGCGCCUAUCUAAGUAGGACAAUAAAGUGAAAACGGUAUCAAUGUUCUAACAAUGGAUUUGUCAGAUAUGCUGCUUCUUCAAGUUUUCCUCUUCGUGUACUUGCUAAACCACACCCAAGGUGAGUGAGGCAUUCGCUGAAAUAACCUUACAAGUUGUGUUGAAUCCAUGAAGCAGCGGCUGAAAUGAGCAGAAAGGAUGAUAGCCCGUUAGCUAACAGGAGGGAUCAGCAGGGCCUGCUUGUUAUGAAGAGGACUGCACCCUUUUUGCCGUAUUACUUCAAGCUAACAAAUUACAUAUAUUGCAAAAGUUUACUUGGAUUCGUGCAGUUGAUUGAAAUAAACCGAUGUUGCUGAGUUA